CCACAUAGACAAUUUCCUUCCUUCAAAUUUUCAUUUCAAAAACCCUCCAAAUUGUUCUUUGAAUCCAAACAGAGCAAAAACAGAGAACCCGAUAUGGGAAAGAAGAUGAAGCUUCUUCCUUUUCUCUCUCAGAAGUCCUCUUCCUGGCCAUGGCCGUCCUGUCACCAACACCCGAGAACACUUUCUUUUAGGGGGGCCAACGAAGGUAUCUUUAAGACCAUCAACUCGGAAUACAUCGACGAAGAAACAGAAACGCCUGACUCCUUCUUCACCAGUUCCUCUAAAUCUCCAAGCUUCUCCAAUGAAUCCGAUGACACCGCCGCCGGGGGAGGUGAUUCUGUUGAGAAUGUCAUUCGUGGGUUGAAGUCGGAGAGGUUGUUCUUCGAGCCGGGGGAGACAAGCUCCAUAUUGGAAGAGGUGAAGGCGAGCUCUGCAUUGCCUUCGAAACAGGGUACUGUGUUUUUGUCAAUGGAAUCCAUAGACCCUUUCAUGGAUUUCAGGAUGUCCAUGGAGGAAAUGGUGGAGGCACGUGGGCUAAAAGAUUGGGGGGCACUUGAAGAGCUUUUAUGUUGCUACUUGAGAGUUAAUUCAAAGAGCAAUCAUGGGUAUAUUUUUGGUGCUUUUGUUGAUUUGCUUGUUGGACUUGCUAUUUCCUCUACCUCUUCUGCUCCCGCUUCUGCUUCUGCUUCUACUUCUACUAGUACCCCUUAUUGUUCUUGCUCUCAUUCUCCUUCUUCUCCUCUAUCUUUUUACACUUCUUCUUCCUCUGAGGAUUCCUCUCCAACUCCUUGUGUUUCUUCAUUAGAAGCUGAGGAGGUUGAUAAUGUUCAUUGUUUAUCUUCCUCAUUAGAAGUUGAGGAGAUUAGAGAUGAAGUUUGAAUUUGAUUCAGUCAAAAAAUUUGUGCAUAGCCGGUAAUUUUGAUCAAUAAUAUUGCAAAUGAUUUUAUGACUUGGCCUCUACUUUUCUCUCGUUUGUCUCUUAGGCAAACAACCACAUAUCUCCACAUGCACCCAUGUGAGGUUAGAAGUUGCUUUCAAUUUCCAUUGCAGUUAAUUAUGUACAAUGGAAAUUUCUUGGCAAUUUCAAGCUUGCUCUUGCCAUUUUUGGCAAGAAAAUUGAUUUUUUAAC